AAUAAUUAGAGAUUUGGAAUGAUCAACACAGUAAACUUGUCAGUAAAAUAGUGUAAAUGUUGUGUGUAAAUAAUAAACACUGAGCUCUGUGCUUCUCCAUCUCUCCUGAAACAUCUGGAUCUAGAGUUACAGCUGUUUUAUGUAUGUAUUUUCAUUUAGAACACAGUAAAGCUGGCUGCUGAAGAUCUGUUUAAUAAGUCAGAGGAGAGAAGAGCUGAGAGGAGAUAUAGAUUAGGGAAUGACUGAAUAAAGUUGUCUAUCAGUGAGAUUAAUAAUCAUGAUUUGAUUUAUUUGUAAUCAUCUGAGAUCAGUCAGUAACAGAUACUGUGUAUAUACUGUCUUACUGAUACACUCUCUAUCACUCCAUUCACCUGGAGAACAACACUGCUCUAAACCUCAUGUCAUCACUGUAGUGUUACCUCUGGAAAAACAGGGCGGAUAAGGAGUUCGUGUGGUCGCUAUGGAAACAGCUGCAGGCGGCCAAUCCGGACCUGACGCAGGCUGUGAGUUUAGUGGUGGAACGUGAGAAACACAAAGCGGAAGCUAAAGAUCGGAAAGUUCUGGAAAUCCUUCAGGCCAAAGACUACAAGAUCCAGGAGCUUGAGAAGGAAGUGACCUCACAGCGACAGGAAGUGAGCGCACUCCUGCAGCAGCAGCGUGCUAGUGAAGAGGAGCGCCAUGUGAUGAAGAAGGAGCUGGUGGAACUUCAACACACACUGAGUGAUACAACACAACACUUACAGCAGUGUGAUGAAGGAUGGAGGAGGAGGUUGGAGGACCAGCAGGAGCAGAGCAGGAAGCAGGAGGAAACAAACAACACCAGACUCAAGCAGUGUGAUGAAGGAUGGAGGAGGAGGUUAGAGGAGCAGCAGGAGCAGAGCAGGAAGCAGGAGGAAACCAACAAUGCCCGACUCAGGGAGGUACAGGAGGAGUUGGUGAAGAUUCAGACAGUCAGCUCGUCUCUGUCAGUUCAGCUCAGUUCAGUUCAGCAGAAGCUCAGUGAGAGAGAGCAGCAGCUCCAACAGCUCAGGGGUGAGCUGCAGGAUCUUCAGUCCCUGUAUGUACAGAGUGUGGCUCAUGCAGGAGAGCAGGCAGAACUCAUCCAGCAGCUGGAAGGUCUCAAUAUGGACACACAGCAGAUCCUGCAGAGCCAAGAGAGAGUACACACCACACACACUGCCUCCUACCACAAGCUGUACAGUGAGCUGAGCGUUUCCUAUCAGGCGCUCCGCCUCAGUGAGGAACAGCUGCGACAGAGGAACGUCAGUCUCACUGAACAGCUUUGUCAGAAGGAACAGCAAGUCUCUGAACUUCAGGACCAACUACAGCAGCUCCAACAGCCUGUAACACCCCACCCUCUGUCCAGUCAGGUGCGCACUACACCCCACCCUCUGUCCAGUCAAGUGAGCACUACACCCCACCCUCUGUCCAGUCAGCAGAAGAUGGAGCAGGAGUGUGUGGAGGCUGCAGAGAGUCAGGAGUGUGUGUCUCACUUUCCUUCUUCUGAGACUCAGAGCUGUGGAACACAAACAGAGCAGUGUUCCAGGUCUGUUUCUCCAAGCAGCAGUAAAGCAGCUGAGAAGAAAAUUCAGCAGUUGGAGGAGUUACUCACUCUCAAGACGGACGAGAACGAGGAGUUGAGGCGAGCUCAUGCGAAGCGUCACGAUCGUCUGCGUCUGAUUCAGACCAACUACAGAGCGGUGAAGGAGCAGCUGAAGGAGGUGGAGGACACACAGGGCCUGCCUAAAGGCAGGACGAGGCGAGCUGAGCCGUGGGAGCUCCGUCAGGAGAACAGCGAUGCUGUUUGGAAUGAGUUGGCCUUCUUUAAACGCGAGAACAAGAAGCUCCUCGCUGAGAAGUCUCAGUUGGAGGAGGAGUUGGAUGUAGCUCGUGUUCGAGUAGCCAUGGAGCGAGCUACAGCACAGGAGCUACGCCUGCAACUGCAUGAAGAAGAGCAAGAGCUACAGCUGAAUGAUGAUGAUGAUGAUGAUAAGGAGGGGGAGGACAGAGCCAGCAGCACACCACUACCUCCUAUACACAGACUACACAUCUCUGUUAGAAAGAUUGAAGUGUUGGAAAGGAAGAUGGUGUGUCUGGAGAGAGAGACGUUGAAGCUGCGAGAGGAGAAGCAGGCCCUACAGGAUGCUAGUGAUGUCCUGCGUAGCGAGCUGGAGAAGGUCCAGGCAGCACUGCAGCAGGCCCGUGUGCGUGAGGAAGUGACCCAGGCUCGGGUCAGCGCAGAGCGGGACAGGCUGCUAGACGAGGCCCGGGCUCUACAGGCCCAGGUGGAGAAAUGGCGCAGAGCAGAGACUGCGUCUCGAGCAGCAUUACUGAGAAUCAGACAGGAAGUGGGAGUGCUGAGGGCCGAGAGGGACUUCCACAGGAACAAGAUACGGAGAGGACGAGGAUACGGGACACACACCAACACACACACCACUGUCCCACUGCAGCCCAGGACAUGCAGUCCGGCCAAGGACGAGUGGGAGGACAUGAGUCCUGACAGUGACAGUGAGGAUUUCUCGGACAGUCUGGACAGUCGGCAUGCUGCUCAUCCACUCCACUUUGCUGCUAAGUCAAAGGUCUGUACAGCUCUCCCUCAUGGACACACGGUCAGAGACAGCUCCACUGCGGCCAGGGCUCACAACACGGUGUCGCAGCUGAGCACGGAAGUGAGGAAGAGGAGGAAAAUGAUGAAGAUGAGGAGUGUGUCUAUGGUGAAGAAGGGAGCAGGAGUGUGUGAAGAUGCAGCAGUGAGGAAGAGGAGGGUGACGAAGAGGAGACAUGUGUGUGCUGUGUACACUCAGAGGCUCGCCUGUCUGCAGCAGCAGGUCGCAGUUCUGCAGGCAGCCAGCAGGGCGGCACACGACGAGAGACUCAGACAACAACACACACACACUGAACUGCAGACACUGACACACACACUGCAGCAACAGAAGGCCAUGUUGGAGGCGGAGUUAGAGCAGCUGAGGAAGUCCCACUCCCCUGAAGCUCAACAGGCAUCCGUCACUGUAACUGCCCCUGCCCCUGACCUCCCAAACAUCAAAACACUGGAGGCUGAAAUCAAACAGCUCAACAACAGACUGAAGAGCUCCAGUGCCGAGGUGAGCCGUCAGAGUGCUUUGAUUAAAGGCCUCAGGACGGAGCUGCAUGAGCGAGAUCAGCGUCUUAAGGAGCUACAGGACAAGGUGUGUCACUGUGAGAGGGAUGUGGUGAUGAAGAGACAGUUGGUGGAGGAUCUGCGCAGUCGGCUGAAGAUCCUGCAGGAUUCAGAGCGCAGCCAUCGCUCACACAUCGACGAACUGGAGAGAAAGUUGAAGAGUCAGUGUGAGGAGGCCUCCAACAGGAAGUCUUUUAUUGAGUCUCUGAAGAGGAGGCUGAGCGUCGCUACUCACGACAAACAGCAGUGUGAGAGCAACAACAACACACUCCGAGAGCAGAUACACACUAAGGAGCAAAAGCUAACAGCGCUACAGGCUCGGUUGGCAGAGUGUGAGAGGUCAAAGGUCGAGCUGGAGCAGACGGCAAAAGAGCAGAUGCAGCUUCUGACCAAUCAGAGCACAGAGACGAUACACACGCUGCAGAACAAACUCGCACUGACACACACUCAACACCAACACCUGCGAUCAGUGACCCUGGCUCUAGCCAUGGAAGUGGACAGAGAGGUGAGGCAGGCCCGAGCUGAGCUGAGAAAGAGGAGGAGAGAGAGGAAGAAGGAGGGAUUAGGAAGAGGAGGAGUGUCCAAGCGCUCCAUGGUGAAAGCUCAGUCCAUCGCUGCCUCUAUCCUUAAUGUCAGCGCUGAUGACCUGGCCAGCAUCCUGGACACAGACCAGGAAGACGAGGUUGAUGAAGCAGAUGGAGUUUGGAUGAAACACAUUCAGCAGCUCCUACAGCAGCAGAGUCUCUCUGCAGGUGAGUUGUUGGAUAUUCUCUUGGUGAAGAUGAAGGAGAACAGGGCGCUGAUGGAGGAGCUGGUCACUUUGAGAGAAAGCCACUGAACCUGAUGGAGGAAUAAACACACAUCUCUCCAUCCUGCAUUUUAUUGCCUUUUUCUUUGCCCUGCAUUCAUUUUCCACUUCACUCUGUUUCUGUCUCUUCCUCUUUCCUCUCUCUCUCCUCUUUACUUUUACUCUCUUCACUCUUCCUCCUUACAUCUUUUCAUUUCUCCUUCUUGGUCAAUCUUUCAAUGUCUCUUCUUUCUUUUCCUCCUUUCUUUUCAAUUGUUAACUGAAGUGUAUAUGAAGGUGUAAAGUCUGUAGCUGUGUGUGUGUGUGAUUAGACUCGUGAAUUAAAGUAAUU